AUGCCCAUCUUCGAUGCCCGCGACAUCAUAUCCAAUGAUCCCAACAACAGCACCGAUUACAUCAUUGGCGAUAUCCACUUCAAUCUGACCACUCUGAAUUACUGGAACUAUACAAUCUAUGGCAAUGGCACAAUAUCCAAUGGCUCAUGGUGUUUCCUCACCUUUGAGCCUUAUAUCCCGACCCUCCUCUAUCCCAACGGGUCCUUUGUCAACAGUACCUGGUGUUACACGCCCGUCAAUCCAAUCGGCACUCGCGGCAAGGUUGGCGUCGCCUUUGCCGUCCUCUUUGCCGCCUCGCUUGUCUUCACUUUGCUCAAUCUGACCAGGCACGGCAAGCUCUAUCUUCCCGUCACCAAGAGGUUUGCGCCCAUUGGUCGCCGUUGGCAGUGGUACUGGGCCAUCUUCGUGGCUGUGGCCGCCAUGAUUGGCCUCUUCACCGGCGUUGAUGUGGAUCGCUACUAUCUGUCCUCCAUCCCCAUUGUGCUGAACAACUUCUUCUGGUAUCUCUUACAAAUGGGAACCAUGGCUAUCGUCUGGGAAGCCGUGCGUCACUGGGGAAGCUGGAUGGAAAGGCAGUUUAUCGACCCAAAUCCCUUUGUCUUGCAACAGACCGACAAACGAGGCAUGUUUGAACUUCUUAUCCCACUGGUCUUUUACUUCUGGGUUUGGCUGAAUUUCUUCCUCAUUAUUCCUCGUAACUGGGGUAAUCUCGAGCUCCAGAGGUCUGACGAGCAGACUGCCAUGUUUGCCGAGCCUACCGCUACGGACGGGCGGUUCAAAGCUGCAACGUUUUGUCUCUUCGCAGCUUGGCUAACCAUUCUCAUCUCGCUGAUGCACUCCUUGCACCAUUACGAGCAGCGAGGCCGCGGGUUCUUGAACCGCAUGAUCGGCGGCCUUGGCUACAUGCCAUUUAGAUUUGCGCUACUUCUGCCCAUUUCCUUGGCCGUCGUUGCGUAUCAGGGUCUUGCUGCCUGGGACUUCUCCCUCUCGCCCAUGAAACAGGAAACCAACUACGUUGCCAUGUAUGUCGGCGGCUACUUGCCGGCCCUUUUGAUCGUCUUCAUCCAAAACAUUGCAGGCUUCAUGAGGCAGAAUGAAGACAAGGCCCUCAUCCAGCAGCGCAGGGCACGCGGUGCUACCCUCGACCGCGAACUUGGAAUCGUGCAUAAGCCGGCUUGGUGGAAGCGAGUCAACGGUGAGCAUAGCGAGGGAGGCAUGAGGAAUGCCAUCCUGCGCAACGUUCGCGAAGUCGGUGGAGGACGCGCGACUGGGCAGAAUGUCGAAGCUGCCGCCGCCACCAGAGCACGCGAAGCCGAGGUAGCUGAAAACGCCCAGCCCAUUGAGAUGAACGAGAUACGGCGCACAAACAGCAUUGCCAGCAGCAUCAGGACAGGUGCGACGGCUCCACCACCCUAUACUCCGUACAGCGGAAGGUCGGACCAGCGGAGAUCAGACCGAACUAUGCAGGCUGCCGCUGGUCUUUUAUUUCCCAAUUCAGGGUCAGCGACGACGAGCACAGCAGCAACAACAACAACAACAACAGUUGAUAGGGGUAGAAGAACCAAUGUAUCGCCUGGAACUCAACAGAGGCCGGGUACGAGUGAAAGGAGUAACAGCACCCAGAGUGGUGUUUCUCUGGACGGUCAGCCUCAACAGAUUAGAAGCAUGUUGGACGUAUAG